AUGUUGUGUCUCUCCCACAGCCACCCCCCCCCAAACACAAGCCACCCCCCACCCCGCCCAACCACCCCCCCCCCACCCCAGCCACACCCACACCCACCCCAGGGCACACCACACCCAACCAGCAUCACCCCAGCAAGCCAGCCCAGCACCACCCAGCCCCACCCAGCCCCAGGCCCAUCCACACACAACCCCACACAGGACCAAAAGAAACCCAACAAGCACACACCCCCGCACACACCCAAACCCCACCCCAAACACCAGCAGCCAAACAGCCCAGCAACCCACCACACCAGCACCAACCCCACACACCCCAAAACACCCCCCCCAACACCCAACAGCAGACACACCCACAGCCAACACACCAGCACCCCCCACCAGAACCCCAGGCCACGCCACAGACAGACCAGCACCCCAGACACACUCCAGCCAGCCCCCACACAGCCCGCCAGCCCAGACCAACACAGCCACCCACCACCCACAACUCCAGCCACCUGCCACAACCCACACGCCCACCCCCACAAGACAACAGGCCCCCCCAACAGCACAGCACCAGACCCACCACCCCCAACAGCCCCACCCACCAGCACCAACCACCCAGCAGCCACCAGCACCCAGAUCCCCCAGCACACCACCCACCCCAGCAUCACACCCACAGCCAACCAGCACCCCACACCCACCCAGCACCACCACCCCCCCAACACACCACCCACCUCACAGCACACCCACAGCAGCCCCCACACCCACACAACCAGACCAGCAGCCACCCCAGCACAGAACACCACCCCAACCCCCAGACCCCCACAGCAGAUCCCACAGACCCACACCCAAAGCCCCGACCACACAGCCACGCCACACAGCACCCAACACACACCACCCAGCACAGCCCCACACCCACCCCCACAGCCACCCACAGACACCACACCACACACCACCCCGCAGAGCAGCCCCACCAGCCACACAGCCAGCCCAGCCACACACCACACAGCACCAGAGCCCACAGCCCAGCCACCCCCACCACACGCCACACAGACCACACCCACCCCAGACCCCCACACCCCAGCCCCAGACCACACCAGCCCACCCACCCACCACAGCCCCACCAGCCACACCCCCCCCCCAGCCCACCAGCCCCACAGCACACACCCCCACAGCCACCACCACGACACAGCACCCACCAGCACACAAGCACCCACAGACAGCCACCCACACACACACCCCCACCAGCCCCACCCCUCCACAGCAGCAGCCACCACACCAGCCCAGCACACCCCACAGCAACCCCAGCAGCCCCCGACACACAAGCACAGCACCCCCACACCCACCAACAGCUCACCCCCAGCCACCAGCAGCCACAGACCAGCCCACCACCAGCACACACAGCACCCGCAGCAGCACCGAAAGCCCCACACCACCCACUCAGCACCAGCAACAGACAGACCACAGCCACAUACAAAACACAGACACACACAGCAACACACAUACACAGACGACGCACACAACCACACACAAACAGGCAGCAUCAGACAGUCAAACCCCCGAGACCACCUACAGCCCACACAACACAGAACAAAUGAACUCAGACAGCCCACCGACCAUACACAGCCACACACCCCCCAGCUCACCACAGCACGCACCAGCCCCAAACACAGACCACACAAACACACAGACAGACACUCCACAACCUGGACACCACUGCACACCCAGACACAACACCCACAACAGCCCCAGACAAACCCACACGCUCACAAACCACCAACCCCAGACAGACCAACCCCAGCCACAGAUGACACACAGCCAGACCAAAUCCAGCUCCUCCAAACCACCAACACCAGCACCUGCCCACCAACAACCUAA